AUGACGUUAUCGCAUUUCUUUAUACUCUCAUGUACGGGAGACACACUUUUAUCCCGUAGUCUGCGUGGAGAGUCAAAUAAAGGAACUCCAGAAAAGUUUUAUAAAGUUGUGAGAGAAAGAGGAAAUGAAUUGGCUCCAGUAUUCCACCAAGAUGGCGUUCUCUACUUUUACAUACGCCGUUCCGGGCUGUUUUUUGUGGUUACUACCGUAUUUGAAAUGCCUCCGAGUUACGUACUUGAGAUCUUACAACGCAUAACAAACGCUCUCAAGGACUUUUGCGGCUCGCUGAAUGAGGAGUCCCUCCGCCGUAACUUUGCUCUGGCCUACGAAAUUAUAGAUGAGAUGCUUGAUUUUGGCUAUCAACAAUGUAUGGAUACCUCUCAGUUGAAACAAAAGGUCUAUAACUUUGCAGUGGCUUCCAAGAAACAGUUACAUGUGCGUGAUCGGCUACAAGGUGCAAGAAGCAUACCAAAGACGGUUCCAAGUGCUGUAUCACAACGUCCUUUGGCUAGCCCUGGAGCUCAAAAGAACGAGAUAUUUGUAGACGUAUUGGAAAAAAUGUCCGUGGUUCUUGGAUCUGAAUCGCAAUAUCGUAAUGCUGUAAUUGAGGGUCAAAUACAUGUCAAAUCGUUCUUGUAUGGAUCACCUCAAAUAAAGCUAGCAUUAAAUGAGGAUCUUAUAAUAAACAACAGACGUGGCAAACCUCCGGGAGUGCCAGUUCUGGACUUUUGUAGCUUCCACCAAUCAGUAGAUUCCUCAGAAUUUGAACAAACAAGGAUACUAACAUUCUAUCCUACUGAUGGUGAAUUUACAGCAAUGAGCUACAAAGUACUUGGAAAUAUUUUUUUACCAUUUAAAAUAUCGCCAACUAUAGAUAUUCAGCCAAACAAGACAAAUUUUACAAUAAUUGUAACAUCGGCGCUUCCGGGAACAAAUAGUGCAUUUUUCAACAUAACUUGUCCACUACCAAGGAGCACAAGUGGCGUGGAGAUAUUAUUACAACCAAAUACAAUUCCUCAGAGCGCUGAAUACAAGGCUGAAGAAAACUGUCUAACAUGGAAUGUCAAAAGAAUCCAAGGCUCAUCCGAGGUCGUACUACGCUGCUCAAUGAAAUGCACCGGAUCAAAAAAGGAAUUUGGACCAAUUAAUCUUAAUUUUGAAGCACCGCUCUACAGCGCCUCUAACGUUAAGGUACGAUACUUGAGAAUUAUACAAGGCCAAGGGUUUGGAACAUCAUAUCGUUGGGUAAGAUAUGUCACGUCCUCAAAUUCCUACGUUUAUCGCUUUUAACGACUAAAAUAUUCAUUGCUUGAAUAUACUCUUUUCCCAGUUCAAGAUU